AUGCUUCCGUCUAGUUCCGACUCCGGCCGAACGAGUGUCACAGAAACGGUCGAAGACAAGAAACACCAACUUCCACCCUGGCCAUCACCAGAACCAACACCGCACAAAGAUUUCAUAGAAUGUACUCCCCCAGAGCUACCUAUAUACCGCAAGUUCACCGUCUUUACCGCUGGCAGCAUAGAGAUGGGCGGCGCAGUCAACUGGCAGCCGCUGAUGGCAACCCUCCUUCAUCACUUGCCGAUCACUGUAUGCAACCCCCGGAAAGGCGAAUGGGAUAAAAACAUUACACAACAGGCCAAAGACGAAUUCUUCAAACAACAAGUCGACUGGGAGCGAGAUGCACUAGAGCAAGCAGACGUCAUAUGUUUCUUCUUCGACACCGAGACCAAGAGCCCGGUGUCUUUGCUCGAGCUAGGUCGCUGGGCUGCAUCCGAUAAGGUUGUCGUUUGCUGCGGAGACGAAUACUGGAAAUCAGGAAACGUCCACCUCGCAUGUGAGCACGAUGGCAUCACAUAUGUCAAGGAAUUCGAAAAACUGGUACCCGAAGUCGUGAAAAUGCUCGAGAAGAAGGGCAUGAAACGUGACCACAACGGCGACUUGAUCGGAGAGAACGUACACGUACCCAAAGAGAAGCCAAAGAAGACGACGCAGCUGGAGGCAGAGAAGGCCGACUUGCAGAAACAAGUUGAUGAUCUGCUAGCCAAGCUGGCGGCACAGCCCAAGAUGUGA